CGAUUGGAGACACCGGCCGGCACCGACGGCCGUCGCGACGCUCCGCGACGCGUGUGUGCGUUCGUUCGUGCAUCCUUCGUUCGCGUAAAGGUAGAAAAGGAGUAUAGAGAGGAAAAAGAUCUUGCCUGCGACGAGAACGAGAGGCAGCCGUGUCGUGCGACAGAGAAAGUCAACGGGGCUCGCGUGAUCGGUUGUCGCAGCGUCGGUUCACCGCGUUUGUGACGAGUGUCUCGUAUCUGUGCAUCUCGAACCGUUUGGUGCUAAUAGUCGCGAGUAAUUAGUGAUUCCGGCAGAUUGAGAGAGAGAGUGUGCCUCGCGUGUGCCGCGUAGUGAUCGACAGGAUUCGCUGGAGCAUGCGACAGUAAGGACUUAUCGACCCCCAGCGACGUGUGCAUGUUUAUCGCUGGACAAUGGCUGGACUACGCUACGUUUGCCGGCUCUUCAUCAUCCUGGGAUACCUGUCGGUCGUCCCGGUGCUCGCCCAGAACCCCGUGGAGGAGAAGACCACCUUCGAGGCUGCUUUCCAAGGAAGAUGCGGGCACGGAUCGCCCUGCGAGCAGCUCUGCUACGAACUCCACGACGGCAUGUACGAGUGCGACUGCAGGGACGGCUACAUACUUCAUAAAAAUGGAUACAGCUGCGCCGAACUCAACUCGACAUCGCCAUCGACGAGCGAGCUCGGCGACCUCGUUGACGAGGCCGAGAGCGACGAGGCGAACGCGGACAACGCGGAUGACGAGGAUGCGGUCGAAGACAUCCUUUAUAUGCGCGGUGCCACCUUCACGAUACAUCUGGAUGCCCCAGCCGAGAAUUCCACCGUGAACGCGACGAAGAUAAACGAGGCGAACGGCGCGGACCGGAUCGAGCUGCGCGCCACGUCUCAGGGCCCAAAUCUGGAGCAAAAACUGCCAUCCACGAUGGAGAGCAUCGUGAGCACUGAGCCAGCGUGUUCCUUGGACUGCGGACCAGCUGGAAAUUGUUAUAUCGAGCAAUCACGCGGAGAUGAAGUCGAUGUGAUCGAAGAAGAAGACGACGACGAUGACGACGACGACGACGGUGCCGUGGAUCUCGAGGGCAAUACCGUGAACCUCAGACGGAAGCACGGAACAUUCAGGCAGAGAUGCCAGUGUCCUCUCGGAAGAGGUGGAGAUCGUUGUCAGCUCGAGGCUGAAGUGAGAUCGCCACGUUUCACUGGGUCAGGUUGGCUGGCUUUUCCCGCCUUAAGAGCCGCUUACAAACAUGUACAAUUAGAAAUGGAAUUUCGGCCAGAAGCAUGGGACGGAGUGCUUCUCCUGGCGGGAGAACGAGACGAUCUUCAGGGUGACUUUAUGGCCUUGAUACUGCAUCACGGCUUUAUCGAAUUCAGGUUCGAUUGCGGCAGCGGUGUGGGCACCGUGAGGAGCACGGAAACGGUGAAGCUGAAUGAAUGGAACACCCUGAGUGUCUACAGACAUCGAUGGGACGCCUGGAUCCAGCUGAAUCAGGAGAAGAGGGUCGAGGGACGAUCGAAGGGCUUGUUCUCGAGAAUUACGUUCCGCGAGCCGCUCUUCGUCGGCGGACCCGGAAACACGACCGGUUUGGAGCGACUUCCGGUAAGGACCGGAUUUAAGGGCUGCAUCCGGCAUUUGGAGGCGAACGAGCACCAUUAUCGCUUCCCAUUGGCCCCGCAGGGCGACGCCGCGAAUGGAUUCGACAUCGAGGAGUGCACGGCCGACAGGUGCAGUAAGGUGCCGUGUUCCCACGGUGGAAAAUGCCUGACAACCGGAGGCGACACGGCUGUCUGUCUCUGCCCGCUCGGCUACACGGGCGAUCUCUGCGAAACCCGAGUGGACCUGCAGGUUCCAUCCUUCAACGGAUCCUCUUACCUACGUUAUCCGGGAUUGGCGGACACGUCGCUGUCGUGGCUGGAAUUGUCCGUCACGUUAAAACCGACCGCGCCGGACGGCGUGAUACUCUACAACGGCCAUCACAGCGACGCCACCGGUGACUUUAUUGCUCUCUAUCUCUCCUCGGGCCACGUGCAGUUCACCUUCGACCUCGGAACAGGACCUGCCACUUUGAGAAGCGAAAAUCCGGUUCGUCUUGGCGAAUGGGUCGAAGUUCGGGUCUCUAGGACAGGUCGUUUGGCAUCCCUAGAAGUUGAGGACGACCCGUCCCAGGAAAUCCUGGCGCCCGGAGCGUUCACGCAAUUAUCCUUACCGCUGAACCUCUAUUUAGGCGGCGCGCCGUCCUCCGACAUGUACUCGCCGAAGAUGAAAACUACGGCCAGCUUCGUCGGCUGCAUUCAGACGAUCGUGCUGAAUAAUCGCGAGGUGGGUAUCCUAGCCGAAGCGUUAGGCGGGGUGAACGUAGGAAAUUGCGGGCACGCGUGCGAGGCCAGGCCGUGCGGCGACGCGGAAUGUCGGCCUCUUCGCGAGCGGUUUACCUGCCGGUGCCGUCCAGGGGUACCGCACCCUUGUCCCGCACCGGACGAUUAUACGCCGCUGGUCCCGCCACCGGCGAGAGCCAGCAGCAACGCCGUUACGUCCGUGAGAUACGAGAGGGCUGUGCCCAGCUUCACCGGCAGCGAAAGCUACCUACAUUACAACGACGCCGAUACGAUGAAAAGGAUAAUCAGCUAUAGGGUAGACAUCAAUAUGAGAUUCCGCGCCAGCAGCAGCAGCGGCCUACUGCUGUGGAGCGGCCGCCAGUCGGAUCCUCAAGAACAAAGGGACGAGAACGACGACUUCCUCGCCCUCGGCCUGGAUCACGGUUAUCUCACUCUCGCGUAUAAUUUGGGUUCCGGGGAAGCCGUGCUGCGGUAUAAUCUCACGCGAUUGGAUGACGAUCUGUGGCAUCGUAUAAGGGCUGUUAGAAACGAACAAUGGGCAUCUCUCGUGGUAGAUAGCGGUACCGGUGUCUCAGCAUCUUCUCCGGGACAAUUGAGACAACUGAACACCGAUACCGGUCUUUACGUUGGCGGUGCACCGGAUAUCGUGAGGACAACGGGGGGCAGGUACACGAAGGGCAUCGUGGGUUGCAUCAGCGACCUCGUGCUGGACUCGGACUUUUCCGUUGCUUUGUCGUCGCCCGCACAGGCAACCAACACACACUCAUGCAUCCCCUGAAAUAGAGAUAUCCGUGCCGUCCGACGUCAGGUGGUGUUGUCGGGUCCAUCCCGAAGCUAGGAUAUGAAAAUUUAAGGAUAACGUAUCGUACCGCGGCGAAAUAGCCGCGGCAGAUAGUGCUCCGCGAAAGUGCAUCUGUGUCUCUCGUGCAUCCACGUGCGGCCGCGUGUAAUACCCUACACGCGGCUCAUCAUUUUUGUACAGACUCAACCCUUCCACAGGUGGAACUCUCGAGAAGAUGGAGAUCGAGUGGGUCGGCAACCGACCAUCGUCGCGCGCGGCCAUCGACUGGUAGGCGGCUUUACUGUAAAUAUUAGGGCGAUCCGAGAUACCGCGGAAAUAUCUAUCACUUGCCUCGCGGCAUUGAUCCUUGGCGCUGCGACUUCCUGUUCGAGCCUUAUGCUCGGCCCGGUCUUAGAAGAUUCGAUCGAAGGCAUCGUGUAAACGACUUUUUCGACGGCAAAGUUAUGAGGGAUUGCGAAAAAAAUCACGAAAAAUGAUGUUCCCUUCCUCAUAAAGUCGCUAAAUUAUUGCAAUCGUUCAUCAUUGUAGGCAUUGCAUUGUCUUAUUUAUCCGAAAGUUACAAUACUCCACUUUAUCGUGCUUCUCGAGAACUAAGUUCAUUAUAAAAGAAGUUUUUGGGUACAACUGCAGUUUGUAUAAUUUCUAAAAAUCUUUUCAAAAAGAAUGAACAAAAAAUGAUAAUUAAAAUUAAAUAUAUAACUGAGAAAUAUUAAAUGUGCAAUGAAAAUCUUAAAGUAGAACCAUUUAUUUUUCACAAAAAUCUCGCUGCUGUAAGGAGAAAGUUAAUGUAAUCGUGCAUGACAAAAUAAUAUACUUUGACGUGCAAUUAAAUUAAACAAGUACAGCAGCUUUUCUACUUCCAUUCUUCGUAAGUAAUUAUUCAUUAAGUUAAAAAAAAUUUAUCUUGCUUCGCUCCACAGUUGGAGUACUUUUCAACUUAUUUUUUCGUCUAAUUAAGACUUAAGUACUGAAGAUGCUAUUAAAAUCUGAACGGGAGAGUGCGAACCAAACAUAAAUUGCACGACGAAAAUAAAGAAACUUGUUUGUUAUACGACCUUUAAUAUAAUUUAUUAAUUAAGUGGAAUUAAUUAUUGUUGUAUGAUGUCCGUGCUAUUUUUCGCGCAAAAGUUGCGAAAGAACAUCUUUCUUAUUAUUGUAAAAUUUACAGUAUGCCUAUUUUUACAGAAUUACAGUAAAAUCGAUCAUAGUUAUCUUGCGGAGGCAAAUUUAAAUUAAAUAAAGAUUAUUCAAAUUAAACGAAAAUUCUCUGCAAUUUUUGCAAUCGUUUCCUGAAAAAUUAACAUUCGUGCCGCGGUAAAUUAUAGCCUUUCGCUCAUGUCUGUUCUUAAAUUGAGUCGAGGGAUAAUUUAAAACGGAAUGGAUUAAAUUAAAAUUGGCAGCAAUUACGUUUCGCACGGGUUAGGAAAAGUGAAACGCAAAUCAAACUAAAACUUCCACCCGACGCCCAUAAUUAAACCACCAUACUAUUAACAAUUUCAACUUUGCCCCAUAUCUGGAUAUUAAUAGUUGCCUCUCUCGAAAAUUAUUUCGUAAUUAAAUUCGCAUAAAUUAGAUUACGGUUGUAAUGAAACUUAUAAUAAUAACAAUGUCUAUAUCGCGGCGAUAGUGGAAUCAAUGAAGCAGCGAGAGUGCUUCAUCAGUUUAACACUCUACAAAAUACAAUUUCAUCCGAGAAUGAAUCCUGUAACAACUGUUUACAAACGUAAUUUAAGUUACGUGAGCGUGAUAUGAGAGAGGAUCAGGAUUCGCGAGAAUGUUGCGUAGAAUCCGAAAAAAAAAA